GGCUUUGGUCAGUUAUACAGACUCCUUCUGUCCUUGUUCAAAUCUGUUAUUCUUCAACUUUCCCUCCAUCUGACGUACAGUUUUUAUCCUGAUUAUGGCUGUCACUACACAACCAGGCCGAUACCAACCGUCCGACUUUCAGACGGGCCUAUGUGAUUUUUGCGAUGACUGUGGAACCUGCUGUUUUGGCAUGUUUUGCUUCCCAUGUAUGGGCUGCUCCAUUGCCAGUGAUAUGGACGAGUGUUGUCUGUGUGGUCACAGCAUGGCCAUACGCAGUGUCUACAGGACACGGUACAACAUCGAGGGCUCACUGUUAAAGGACUACAUGGUGACCCUGUGUUGUACCAUCUGUGCCACCUGUCAACUGAAGAGAGACAUCGACCGUAGAAAGGACCAGGGCAUUUUUUGAAUGCUGCGAGAGAGUCAUGCACACCCUGGGACUGUCACACACUCCGAGAAGAAAGACUAGUGACAAUAAAAUCCAGUUCCCUUUGCGUGUUGAGUUAAUUAGGAAAUGUGCGUUGGUAUGAAUAAUGAGAACACAAACAAACAUUUUCACCGAUGUUUCUGUGUCAAAGCAACCAAUCGGAUUUGUCAGAAAUCACCAGUACUUGCUGAAUUCACACAUACUGUAAAUUAAUUGAUGUAAAUCAUUGCUAAGCAGUUGGGUCUAUCAACACACAGGUACCGUAUCAGUGGUGAUGCUCAAAGUUCAAUGCUAGAACCUAAUGGAUUAUUAUGGUACGACAAAUCAAUAUGGAAGGGCAAUAAAACACUGUAGACCUUCAACUAAUAAAUUUAAAUGUCAACACUGAUGAUUGAUGGAAUAAUACUCUUGAAAACAAAAAAAAAAUCAUCCCUGUGUUUGAGGUGUGUAUUCAAUCUUUCAUUACCAAGCCUCCUUGACAUUUAACAAAAACCAGAGCACAGGUGACCACCACAUUUAUGAUCACCAAUUGAGACAACCAACCAUUUAUACUCACUUUGUUAAUGAUUAAAAGAUAACAUGGUAUAAAACUUUAAAGUGUCAUAAUGUUUCUCACUUUUUUAUUUGGGGGAGACUAGUGCAUGACAAUGUCCUGAGCCUCCCGACUGGUUGGCCACCAAUGUGUGGAGCUGUUGAGAUUACUGGCAUGAAAAAAUAACCAACAAAAGUCGUGUUUGAUAAGACUGUCAGUGUCGAACAGCUUUUUAAGUAAAAAUAAAGAAAAUGCGAGCUGAACAA